AUGCCAGAAAGAAUCGUUUUCAAACUAGCUCGUCUAUUCAUAGAUUGUCUUGAGCGCUCCUCAAUGAAUUUUGAAAACAGAUGGGUCUUGAGAUCCGCUCUGAACUUCGCAAGUGAUGGAGAAGUAGUCAGAGAAGUAGGUAGAGAGUUUCAGAGAAAAGGACUAGAAAAAGCAAAAGCAGAUUUGGCAAAAGAGUGUUUAACACGAGUUAAGAAAAAGCGAGAAGAAGAAGACGAUCGUAAACCGGGGCGUUUAGGUAGCCAGUGCAAGAGAACAAAAUAUAUGAGAAAAGAAUAUGGGCACGAGCAACUAGACGAGCAGCAGAGUUAA